AGCUUAUAAACUCUACUCAGUUUCCUUUCAGUUUUAGAAAACCUUCACUCAAAAUUUAAAGUACUAAUUAAAAAUUUCGUUAAUGGGCGAAAUAAUCCAAAUACAUGUUGGUCAGGCUGGUGUACAAAUCGCCAACGCUUGUUGGGAACUAUAUUGUCUUGAGCAUGGCAUCAAAGCUGACGGAACUUUAUGUGAUGAAUGUCCUUGUGACAUAACUUUUACAAAUUUCUUUGAUUUCAAAACACCGAAUAAGGUUGUUCCACGUGCGAUUUUGGUUGAUUCUGAGCCAACAGUUAUAGAUCAAGUUCGAACUGGUGCCUAUGGAUGUCUCUAUAGUCCUUUGAGUCUAAUAACUGGAAAAGAGGAUAGCGGAAGCAACUUUGCUCGAGGCUAUUAUACAAUGGGUGCAGAACUAAUAGAUAUUACAAUGGAAGCUAUACGAAAUACAGCGGAAUCAUGUUCCAAUUUAAGAGGAUUCCUUAUUUUUAGAUCGAUUGGAGGAGGGACAGGAUCAGGACUUGGCAAUCUUAUUGCAGAGCAUCUUUUAGAAUUAUACGAAAAAAUUGCCAAAGUGGAGUUCAUCAUAUUCCCAUCACCAUCACUUUCUCCAUUAAUAGUAGAGCCUUAUAACGCUCUCUUGGCUACACAUUUGGGCAUGGACUCGAUGGAAUGUAGCUGUAUUCUGGACAAUGAAGCUCUCUAUGACAUUUGUUCGAAAAAGCUCAACAUAAAUGCCCCAAAAUAUAAAAACCUAAACAGAAUUAUUGGACAGACAGCUUCUAAUUUCACCACAUCGCAAAGGUUUUCUGGAAGCUCAAACGUUUCCUUUUCUGAAUUCCAAACCAAUCUAGUUCCUUAUCCGCGUAUUCACUUUCCAGUUGUUAGCUAUGCUCCCUUCAUCCCAGGAACAGGCUCGGGCUUUACUCGACUAACAACAGAGCAAAUAACAAUGGCUUGUUUUGAGCCAUCCAAUCAAUUGGUACGAUGUAAUCCUAUCGAAGGAAAAUAUAUGACGUCAGUUCUUCUAUAUCGGGGCUAUACCCCGGACUCCGACAUCAACUCAAGCAUAAUGCGUUUGAAAUCAACCGGAUCAAUUCGCUUUGUUGACUGGUCUCCGACAGGUUUUAAAGUUGGAACCAAUUCAGAGCCUCCAUAUUCUGUUCCUGGAGGAGGAUUGGGCAAUACCAACAAAUCGCUGGUGGUCUUGUCAAAUAACACAAGUAUUCGAAGGACUUGGUGUCGUCUAAUAGAUAAAUAUGAUCAACUAUAUAGACGAAAAGCAUUUAUUCAUCAUUACUUAGCUGAAGGUCUGGAGGAGGCUUCGCUAGCAGAAGCUUCUGAGGAUAUUUGCACCCUGAUUUAUGAUUAUAAGGAGGUUGAUAGUGCAGGCAAUACGGGAAACAUGCCAACUUACCAAAAAUCAAAUCUUAGUAAAGGAUCACAAGGGUUACCCAGCCCGGAAGGACCAAGAUUAGGGGGGUCAGACGUUUCCCAGAACCAGACACGACAAGAAUCAAAAAGCGCACGUCGGGAAGUCCCGCCGAAGCAAUCAACUCCUUCCAAUAAAAUGCCCAACCAAAAAUCAUAUAUUAUUGAUAAAAGUCUUACAAAUACAAGUGACGAUUUUUCUUUGUCGCAUCAGCCUAGUAUCGAUUCACAUUUUGAUGAAGAUGAUAAUAAGGAAGUAUGCCAAAAGUCCAAAUGCAAUAAACGGACAAAUUUCGCUGAGCCAGAAAAUUAUUCACGGCCAGUACAAUGUACAUGCGAAUGUUAUAUGAAUAAUAUUGAUGACUGUCCUGAUUUUGAUUGUGCUUUAGCAGACGCUACGUCACGAAAUAAAUCAGUCACUAGCAUUGUAACCCGCAUUUUUAUCUCACAACGAAAUAGACAGCAAGAAGGAUCUAAUUUUGAUGCCAGGGGAAUGUCUUUACCAACUCGAUCCGAUGAAAGUUUACCAGGCGACGAAGAACCAAAGACUGAUUCCCCAAAAAAAUCUAAGAGCUUUGAAAGCAUACACAACCAAACUGAGAAGUCAGUUGAGGGUUCGAAGAGACGUUCCAAAUCCCACGAACCAAAGAGUUCUGAUGGAAUUCAAGAAUCUGGAAAAGAACCUGAGAGCUUCAUUGAGGAAAUUAACACAGAACCUGUUAGAGCAAGGGACAGGUUUCGUCCCACUACAUUUAAAACACAAAUACCUACCAGGAGGUGCUUUGAAUGCUGUCCCGUAGGAGUAUUUAAACUGCCACCUCCCCGAAGUGAGGGUCAGGAGACCUUAGGCGAAGCAUUAAGCGCAAAGGAGAGAUUUUGUAACUCAACUUGCCAACCUCCAUCAAGCUUAAUGGGGAACGAGACAAUUUUUAGUGCACCCAAGGAUCCUUGUGAAAGUCAAGUCUGCGAUGAUCAACCAGCAUGUAGUUAUCAGGUUGAUCCGUGUGCCAAUCAGCAAGUAUUAACUUAUUGCCCACCGCCGGAAACAAGAAAUCCAUUGGCAAAUUGCACAAGAAUGAUGUGGAUUGGUCCAUCUCCAAAUGCUUUUUGUCGGCAAAAUAAUGCUUGUGAUAUCAAUUCGGUCGCAAAGCGCAGAAAGUCUUCUAAACGCAAUGAGUACAAAUACACAGAGUGUUUUUGUGAUCAUGAUAUUGAUGGAGGAGAUAUUGCCAUCACAAUAUAUGCCCAAUAAUAAUUAUAUUUCCUAUCAAGAGGAGAUAUUGCCAUCGCAAUAUAUGCCCAAUAAUAAUUAUAUUUCCUAUCAAGAGGAGAUAUUACCAUCACAAUGUAUGCCCAAUAAUAAUUGUCUUUCCUAUCAAGAAGAGAUCAUCUGCUGCCCUAAUAUUGGCGGAGCUACGGCUGCUGCGGGGGCUUACAAAAUCUAUCCACAAUGUAUGCCAAUUGUUAGACCAAUAUUCCGCUCGGAUACAUCGGCCGGUGAGCGUUAUGAUAUGGACAACGGAAGUACAAAGCCAAGAGUUCAAAGAAGAUUUUAAAGAGUGUAUUGAACAAAAACCCUAAGUAUACAAUUAGUAUUUGACAAUAAAAAUUGAAAUAUUUCACAAAAU